AUGACCUACCUGGCGAAGUGGAAAAGGUUCACAUGUUGGACCUUGGAGUGGUGUAUUCGGGCCUCGGAGGCCCCGCUGCAGGAUAUCCUGGAUUAUUUGCUGCACCUCAAGCUCCAAGACUUGUCCCUCUCUUCGAUCAAGGUCCACCUGGCUGCCAUUUCAGCGUUCCAGCCUCCCUUCCAAGGCAGCGAUGCCAUCUGCAGGUUUGUCAUCUGCAAUGACUCCUCCCUCCGUGGGCAAACAGUCAUCUUCAACCCUGACUUCUUUGUGGAGAAGUUGCGGCAUGAGAAGCCUGAAGUCUUCACAGAGCUGGUUGUCAGCAACAUCACCAGGCUCAUCGACCUGCCAGGAGCAGAGUUGGCCCAGCUGAUGGGGGAGGAGGAGCCCAAGCUGCCUGGUGGCAUUGGCACAGCCUCUGGAUUCUUUCGGUCCCUAAUGUCUCUGAAGCGUAAAGAUAAAGGGGUGGUGUUUGGCUCCCCGCUGACCGAGGAGGGCAUCGCCCAGGUCUCGCAGCUCAUCGAAUACCUGCACAAGCAUCUGCGAAUGGAGGGCUUGUUUCGCGUGCCGGGGAACAGUCUCCGGCAGCAGAUCCUGAAGGAUGCCCUGAACAGCGGGGUGGAUAUUGACCUGGAAUCGGGGGAGUUUCACCCCAACGAUGUGGCCUCUCUGCUGAAGAUGUUCCUGGGUGAAUUACCAGAGCCCCUGCUGACACACAAGCACUUCCAAGCCCACCUCAAAAUUGCAGGCCUGAUGCAGUUUGAUGACAAGGGGAACAAGACCAGCACGCCGGAUAAGGAGCGGCAGAUCGAAGCCCUGCAGCUGCUCUUCCUGAUCCUCCCCCCGCCCAGUCGCAACCUGCUCAAGCUGUUGCUGGACCUGCUCUACCAAACGGCCAAGAAACAGGACAAGAACAAGAUGUCUGCCCACAACCUGGCUCUCAUGUUUGCACCCCACAUCCUGUGGCCCAGAAACGUGACAGCAAACGACCUGCAGGAGAAUAUCACAAAGCUGAAUGACGGCGUGGCCUUCAUGAUCAAACACUCGCAGAAACUCUUCAAGGCUCCGGCAUACGUUCGAGAAUGUGCCAGGCUGCACUACCUGGGGUCCAGAGUGCACGCUUCAAAGGACGACCUGGAUUUGCUGACAUCUGCUGGGUCCAAGGAACUCCAGCCCCUGAAGUCUCAGAAGCGGAGCAGGCUGGAUCCUUCCCACCGGGAGGAGACGCAGCAGCGCACGGAGGAGGCGCUGAAGGAGCUCUUCCACCACAUCCACAGCAUGCCAGACUCUGCGAAGAAGAAAAAGCUCAUCCGGCAGUUCCAUAAGCAUCCUGGCACUCUCACUCCUGGGCCUGAUGCGCCGACACCCCCGGUCCAGAGGCGCACCCGCUCCCGCUCCUUCAGCGGCCUCAUUAAGAGGAGGAUGCUGGGGAACCCACUGAUCUUGGAAAGGAAAAGCAGGGAUUCCACACCGGAAUCAGAGCGAGCCAGCAAAGAGAACCUUCACCUGUUACAGAGACCGCCUGAAUCUCCAGCAAGUCAUGGCACCCGAGCAAAGUUGAAAUUGUCUGAGGGCAGGAAAGAGGACUCCCGUAAACAUCUGCAGGCCCUUGCGCCUUCCACCAAGGAGCCGUCCGUCUGAGCAGCCAGGCACCAGCCCGUGUGUGCGGCAGACAUCUGGACUUGUAAGCUGUGAAUAAUGCCUGCUGCAUCUCAAGCUGUGAGAGGACCGAGUGCCUCAGCCUCCAGCGAUCCCUCUAACCCAGCUCACCGGGGCUUGGCUUGCAAUGGGGCCUGCUGUGAGCAUAGUGAGGACUCUGACUUCUUUCUGUUAAUAUGGGCAAACCACUAUCUAACCAAGCACCUGCAGGGUAUCUGACCCUGGGUCUGAGGAAGGGCCGGAGAGCCCAUUGGAAGAAGGCAGGAGCUUUGUAUUCACUGGUUUUGUUCAGUGCUCCGGGUUCUCGCUCUCUGAGCUUUUAACACGUUUGUCUUGUUUUUAACUCCCUGCCUCCCAUCAACAACCAGAACGGUCAGCCACGUCCCGGCAGCUAACCCUGUCUUACUAGCUCUUGUGCAGUGGUCUCUCCUUGCGGGUAUCGAUGAGGGGGGAUCCCCAACCCCAGGGGUCAUUUCUGCCUUCCUGACAGGCUGCAUGCUGGCUUGGCCAUGUCAGCCCCUGGGCAGCUGCAGGGAUGUGGGGAAUGGCAGCGGGAGGAGGGGAAUUGGGGGGUGACAUCUUCAUGUCAAAUGGCGAAGAAGCAGAUUCCAGAAUAAACUCUCGUCAUCUUGAUGUUAACAGAGCCCCUUAGCCGCAGUCCCUGCUACUUACAGGAUAGUCUGUAGAAAGCGCACAGUGAAACCAGCCCUGGGAACAGACUGCGUGGUCUCUAACUAAAGGUCAGACAUAAUUAUAGACGGAUACUUUAAAGUGCUUGUUUAAGCAAGGGCCGUGUCUCGUGCUGGAAGGCAGGUUUCACUGCAUCUGGAGUGGAUUGUGUUUCCAUGUACCUGUCACCUCCCUUUGCUGUGCUUCCUCUCCCAUCACGGCUGAUUGCCAAGACUGUUGAGGCAUUGGAAGGUCUGUCUCCUUUCUAAUCAGCCGCCGGCUGCCUGACGCAUUCAGCAUUGCUUGUCACCUCCCGGCUGUUUCCAUGGUCGAGGUCUCUGGAGGACAAGUAGGGGACAGCUAAUGGCCUUUCACAGUCUCUGUCGAGGAGGUGCUGAGCCAGGCAGAAGUUCUCGAAUGUAAAAUGGGGUUGGAGGGGGGCAGACAGGUUGUCUGGGGCUAACAUGGCGGUGUGACCUCCCAUGGUUCAGAAGUAGGUGGCCAUGGCAGCCAGGCAGAGUCCACAUGGGAGCUGUGCAGGGGCGAGGGUGUUGCUUGGUGGGUGCUGGAAGCUGGCGGCAGCUUUCCAAGUGAUGGCUGGAGGUAGGUUUGCCAGGCCCAGUGCCCUGGGAUACGUACCUCCCUCUGCCAGUGGUACCGAAGACUGGCCUGCAGCCUGUGUUUUGUAACCAAUAUGCUGAUCACAUACACCUUUAAGACUGGCAGGGACUUCAGACUGCCUGCACAAUCAGUUAGCAAGCUGUCCCCUGAGGUGCGGGAGGAGACUGGAUCUCGGCUCAGAGCUGCAGAAACGGGAUGAAAUCACCUAGACGCAGAAUAAGCCCCAGUCGCAGCUGGUCACUGGCAGCUGUCUGGCUCAUUAAGCUGAAGUGCUCUGCUAAGCCGAUACCUCGGCCACAUGUCUGUUUGCGAGCACUGUGGAAUAUGGAGAUACACCAGAUCACCACUGUGAAGUAAAGAUUUAAUCAGUAGGGGAGCCAGCUAAACACUUCUCAGCCCUCCUAGAUGGAGCAAAUAAUCACUGCAAUCCAAUUAUAAUUGUCUCCUAAUCUUCAAGAGUCAGCAGGGGUAGAGCUCCAUCCAUGGCAGAUUCUCCAUGUCUGAGGAGUGGUGACAUCAGGUGUGAACAGAGACCCGAGCAGUGAUGUGAGUCCAGCUCUAGGCAAGGGGCAGAGCUGUGCGUGCAGGUCCCUAACCCCGGUUUGUCCAGUGUCAGAGAAGUAGCGUGGCCCAGUGGGAAAGGCACUGCUAGUGGAGGUUGGGGACUGAGCUAGAGUUCUGUUCCUGGUGCUGCCACCCAACGGGCACGUGACUUGCCCAGGACACCCCACACAGUGGCAGAGGUGGGUAUGGCCGGACUCCCAGUCCCCUCUUUGGAUCCCUAAACCCUGCCAACAGAGAGUCAAUUGGAGGUACUGGAUUUGUGUGUUAAUCUAAAAUAACUCCACCCCUCCAGCCCCCCCCCCCUUUUAAUGGAGCAGUGAGUCACUUUACUCAUAAAGACUCAAAACUGCUUCACGUUCACAGGCAGCUACGAGGAAAAGUGGGGUUUUAGCUCCCCUUCAAAUGUCCCCGAAGCGGUGCCACGCACGGGGCUCUGUCUGGCAUACAGAGAGGAGCAGCCUCUCCUUACCUGGCUCAAGGACAUGCUGUGUCUUUGUGCUUAGCCUCGUUUUCCAGCUAGGAGAGGUUUGUCUCUGUCCUUCCCAGCUGAACAGCAUUAGCCCUGCAUUCUGCAUGGCUCACAAACCCCCCACCCUCUGGCUGCGGUACCGAAGUGGGGGGGCUUGGAGGUCCUGGGGAAGGAUGAGGCCCAUGCCUGCCCUCCUUUCUAAUCAAUGAAUACUGGGGUCCCAGCAUGCUCUCCUCCAUCGGAUCCUUCAUCCUCCAUGGCCCGCCCCUCCCAGAGACAGCUGACGUAUGGCCUUGGGGCUCUGGACAGUCUGGGCACUUGCCAGGUAACCCUUUGGGAUCCCGACUGGCCUGGCUCAGUUCCACCAGGGCUGGAGCCCUGUCCUGCUUCUCUCUGCCUCAGCUAGAUGGGACUGCAUGGCAUUGCUCGGGGGGCCAGGCCUGCCCCAGCCCUGCCGUGGGCUGCCUCUGUCCCGUGACGUUAUUUGGAACAGCUGAGGCCCAGGAAGGGGUUUCUCGACCAGCGCUCUGGCCAGGGAGAGUCCAGAGAGGGAGUAAGGACACGGCUUGUGUGUCCAGUGCAGUGUCCACCAGCACGUAGAGCCGGGGCUCGUAUUGCUGCGAGGCCGUGCCGGGGUAAAUGGGCCCCGUACAGACCCCCGCCAGGAGCCCUUUUAUAAAUAGCCUGUAUCCAAAUACGCAGCUGGGCGGACGGAUAACUCCGCCUAGCAGCAGAUGAGCUAACGGUUAUUGCACCAAGCAAGCAGCAUUGUGUGCGUGGGGUGCUGGAGCGAGCACUAGCAGGUGCUGCUGGCAGGUGAGCUCCCCCAGAGAACCAGACUAGCAGUGAUGCUGGAAAGCCUGAUGGGGCGCUAGGGCCUGUGAGGAGAGACGUGUGCGUGCCCCUGCCCUGAAUGGUGACCCUGGGAAAGCACAACCCUCCUGACUGCGCCCCCCACCCCCCAUUCAAACACUCCACGGAGCCAGAGACCCACUGAACAGCCAGCGUGGUCCUUGUGCUGGGGGCAGCCCCUUCACUGGAGCCUGGUGCUACUCCGGUCCAGGUCGUUGGCCACUACCCAGUGAGGGACAGGCCAGGUGCCCGGUUAGUGCCUCCCUCCAGCCUCUGCUCCUAGCCUCAGUGCUUGCGCAGGGGCACUGCCCGUCUCCUAGCUCCCCAGGGAAGGAGGGCAGAGUUCAGGCCCCUGACAGAUCCCAGCCUGGCCUGGCUAUUAACUGGGUUACUUCUCGCUGGCCCCAGUGCGGGGUUUCUGGAUUCCACAGAAAUACUGUUUGUUCUACCGGGACUUUGUCCGUGGGGAUUUCAGUGCAGGACACAAGGGAUCAGAGCCCCGCUGGCAGCACCCUCUGUCCUGUGGGCUCUGUGGGCAGAGGGGGCUCGUGGUGUGUCUCUGGGCAUUGCCAGACCAGCUGCAGAGCCCACAGGAGCUGCCAGAAACCACUGGGUGCCAACUCGUCACUUAUGGGCACGGGCUGGAGUAGCUACGGAGCACCCCUAGCCUGGGCUGUGCUGGGAGUAGCUCUGCUGUCGAAGCGGCCUCGCGAGCCCGGCCCCGGAGCCCGGGCAUUCGGUGUCAUUUUUAAUCUCUGUCCUUAUUUAUACGUGCAGUGUAUGAUUGUCAGUCUGGCGUCUCCUCUCCAUGCCUUAACGGGGAGUUCCCAUAUUAAAGGCUUGUUAGCGCUCUACACUCAGUGGCUUAUUCUCGGCUUCACUGGGUCACCUCCUGCUGUUCGGUGAGGAUUUGGGGGUGGGUUUGUUUGCUACGGGGUGGGGGGAUAGCUGUUUACCAAGCCAGUCCCUUCAUCUGGUCUUGUCAGCUCUGACAAGUCAAGCAGCUGGGCAUGGGCGGGGUAACUUGGGCAGCACUGAUCCUGCGGGAUGGUGGAGGGGAG